AUGCGUUGCGAGACGACUGAUCACGUUACGGACAAUUGCCCUCUAAUCAAUGGCGAGGUGGAGGCACAAGCAAACGCGAUAGGGUCCAACAACGGGGCGGGCCUAAACUAUGACCCGGUUGGAGAGAUCACCCCAACCUUCGAUAUGGAAAUCCGUCAGGGGGAGUGUAUGCGGAGAAAGACAAUCGGCCACCCCAAAUUUUUCAAAGAGUACGGGGUACCUGCCCAGGAAUACAGGGCGACCCCAUACUCGGACUGCAGAGAGAUAGCAACCAAACCGAAUUUUGUUACCAGCUGGAGCUUGUUGAUGAGGCCAAUCAUCUCAAACGUCACUGGCGAUCGAAAAUCUGAGAGAACUUGGGCGAAAUUGAAAUUCGAGGUCAUCGGCAUUUUUGUUUCGAAAAUCGAGAACUAUGGUGAGAAUCAAGCAUCAAGCUACAUGCUUUCACCUCUGAGGUCCGACGAGUCACUGCCGGCUUCGCCACCCAAAUCGUCGCCCAAUUCGCCGUCGGCUUCGAAAUCAGCGACCACAAUGCCGUAG